AUGGUGAUGGCUGAUCAAGGCUUCACCAUACCUGAGAGUGUUGUGUUCAAGAGGGCAAAGUUGUUAGUUCCAGCUUUUACCAAAGGCAAGGAGCAACUUGACCUAGUCGAUGUUGAAACCACAAGAGGAAUUGCCAAUAUUCAUAUCCAUGUGGAAGGAAUCAUUGGUCUUUUGCACAGCAAGUAUACAAUGCUACAAGGAACACUGCCAACUGAUUUUUUAAUGAGUAAUCCUCAUGGAUCUCUUGAAGAUAAAAUCCCAGCUAUUGACCGUGUCAUACAGUUUGGUUUUGAAAAGGAGCACAACACAGUUCACAAGCUGGUUACAAGUGUUGUUACUCUGUUCUCUUCUUCCUACGUAUUCCAUUGGAAUCAAUUUUUUCCUACCCAAGAACUGCUUUAUCCACCCAUGUUUGAUGGACAAGUUGUACUUUAUCCCAGUGAGAAAAACUUAAGAGACUACAUGAGCUGGAGGCAGGCAGAUUGUCACAUUAACAACCUCUACAACACAUGCUUUUGGUGUCUGGUAAAGCAGUCAGGUCUAACAGCAGAGGAGGCAGAGGAGAGACUAAAUGGAACUGUUUCCAGUGACAAGAAUGAGCUUCUCUUCUCUGUAUUCAACAUGAAUUAUAAUAACCUUCCUCAAAUAUACAGAAAAGGAUCAGUUCUGGUCUGGGAAAGGGUUUGUGACAUCAAUGACUCAGCUCGAGAAGAAAAUGCUAGAAAACCAAAGAGACAGAUUGUUGUCCACUAUACUGACAUUAUUGGGGAUACAUUUUGGAGUGAACAUCCUGAAAUCCUGGAAAGUUAACCACUUUGGUUUUGUGGAAUAUCUUGAUCAAAGGACAUAUUUGUAAUGCUGCCACAACUUCAUGCUAGAUGUAUUAAUUCCCCCUUUUCGCUCCCAAAACAAAAAUAUGAAAUGG